GCUUUGUAUCAGUUGCUGCCGUUUCUGCUACUGAUUGCAAGGUGCUGCCGCUUUUGGCAUUUUCACAGCUACAGAAUCCUCAGCCGCGCUCUGGUCUGCUUACAGCCAUCUGCACCCUAUGGACCCACCUUCACUAGCUCCAGCCUCUGGCAUUUCCUGCUACCUAUCUGCCUUGGACACUGCUCUUUUCCGGGUCGUUACUGCUAACUGCAUUUUCUGGACUUGCAGCUCAUAUGACUGAAAUCUGCCUCGAAUUCCCCGCCCGCACAUCCUCUCUCGUGUUCAGCGGGGGGCUGCCGCAGCAGGAUCUGAUGGGAGGAUGAGGAUGGGAUUUAUGGGGAGAAGUCAGAACUGAGCUGCACUCAGCGCAAUGCCCAACGCCUCUUCCUGGAGCGCGAGCUCGCCCCUGCUGCUGCUCUGGGAGGACUCCUCAGGGACCCGCAUCUUCCUCUCUCUGCUCUAUGCGGUCCUGGCUAUCUCGGGGACUCUGUCCAACGUGAUGGUCAUCUACUUGGUUUUCUCCUUCAAGAAGCUGCAGACCACCAGCAACGCCUUCAUCGUGAACGGCUGCGCGGCCGACCUGAGCGUGUGCGCCCUGUGGAUGCCCCAGGAGGCCGUGCUGGGGCUGCUGCCCCCGAACUCCUCCUCGCUCCGCUCGGCCGAGUACCGCCUGCUGCGCGAGGGGCUGCUGGGCCUCGGCCUCACCGUGUCCCUGGCCUCGCACCUGCUGGUGGCCUUCAACAGGUACGUGCUCAUCACCAAGCUGCCCAGCGUCUACCAGGCCCUGUACCAGCGGAGGCACACGGGCUGCAUGAUCGGGCUCUCCUGGGCGCUGGCGCUGCUCCUGCUCCCGCUGCUGCCCGGGCUCUGGUCGCCGGGCCCCGCCCCAACACCGCCCCCGCGGCAGACGGACGGCGGCUCCCGCUACCCCGCGCUGCUCCUCGCGCUGGCCGUGCUGGGCCAGACGGCGCUGCUUCUGCACUGCUACCUGGGCAUCGUGCGGCGGGUGCGGGGCAGCGCCAAGCGGAGGCGUGCUUCAGCAUGGAGUAGCUGGGAUGCUUCAUUUGGGAACUGCACCUACAAUCUCACCAUCUUGGACUGUUUACAGGGAAUAAAUAAGGCCUUACAGCAUGGAUUUUUUGACUUUAAGACUUUUGAUGUGGAUGAAUAUGAACACUAUGAGCGAGUAGAAAAUGGUGAUUUCAACUGGAUUAUUCCAGGAAAAUUUCUGGCAUUUAGUGGACCACACCCAAAGAGCAAAUUUGAAAAUGGCUAUCCUCUUCAUGCACCUGAAGCCUACUUUCCCUAUUUCAGGAAACAUAAUGUCACAUCAAUUGUAAGACUAAACAAAAAAAUUUAUGAGGCAAAACGCUUUACCGAUGCUGGUUUUGAGCAUUAUGACCUGUUCUUCAUAGACGGAAGCACACCAAGUGACAGUAUAGUUCAGAGGUUCCUGAAUAUCUGUGAAAAUGCUAAUGGUGCUAUUGCUGUACAUUGUAAAGCUGGCCUGGGAAGAACAGGAACACUGAUUGCCUGUUACAUAAUGAAACACUACAGGUUCACACAUGCUGAAGCCAUUGCUUGGAUAAGAAUAUGUCGACCAGGCUCUAUUAUAGGACCUCAACAACACUUCUUGGAAGAGAAGCAAGCAAUAUUAUGGCUGGAGGGAGAUCUCAUACAAUCGAAACAGAAACAACGAGUAGUUGAUGGAAACAUUAACAGAGUUCUCUGUGGUUUGAAUGAUAUGUCGAUCAAUGACAGCUUGAAUAAAGUGCAAGACUUGGAUCAGUAUGGGGAGGUUUUUACAGGUAUAAUAUUAAAGCUGCUAACAUUCUGAAUGCUACAUUUAAACUGGCAUUUGAUUCAAGCAUCCUGAACUGAUUCUGAGCUUAGAGUCUGCAAAAGGCCUCUGUGAACAUGUGGUGCUGCACAAAUACAUUUUAUUCACUAGAACCGUGCAAAGAUGGAGUUAUGCCCCGUCAAUGCACAAGGUGGUAGAUAAGCCUUUUGUGAAGGGGAUAUUUAGUACUUGGAAACUAUUUUGCUCCUAAGACUUUUUUU